AUGGAUGUCAUCGCUCCGACUUCUUCGGAAAUUAGAGGGAGGACCUUGGAGCCCAGCACUCUGCAAGUGACUUUUGGCAGCCUGGAAGGAGAUAAAGACCAGAGCAGCAGCAUCUUCUCUGGGUUUGCGGGACUCCUCGCCAGCCUCCUUGUCGUCGUGGUUUUCUGUAUCCUGUGGAACUGGAAUAAAUGGAAGAAGCGGCGAGUUCCUUACCUCCAAGUCACCGCCAGGCCCUUGCUGACUCUGCCUCGACCCAGGCAACGAGCCAAAAAUAUUUAUGACCUCUUGCCUCGGAGGCGAGAAGAGAUGGGGAGACAUCAGUCAAGGAGUAUCCGUAUUGUCAGUACUGAGAGCCUCCUCUCCAGAAAUUCUGACAGUCCCGAUCAUGUGACCUCCCAAGCAGGAAAUGACCUCCAGGUGCAUAGAGCCCAUAUCUAUGCCAUGGGGUACACAGUAGGUGUCUAUGACAAUGCCAUGGUGCCCCAGAUGUGUGCACACUACUACAUCAAUGUCAGAGCUUCCAGAGACUGCUCCAGCAUUUCUUCAGAGGAUUCACAUGAUUAUGUCAAUGUCCCCACAGCAGAAGAGACUGCUGAGACUCUAGCUUCUUCCAAUAGUCCCCUUGGAAAUCUCCUUGUUCUUCCAAGUGCCCAAGAGCUGGAGUUUACUGAGGAAAGAGACAAGGGCUGUGGGGCUGCCAGUGACUGCACUAGUUUUUGGUCUCCAGGAACUGAGGGCAGUGAUUCAGUCAGUGAUGGUGAAGGUUCCUCUCAGACCUCAAAUGACUAUGUCAACAUGAGGUUGGAUCUCAGGGCCGUCCAGCAGAAACAGUCCUGGGUGGAUUUUCAAUGCCACAGAGAUUAUGAAAAUUUCUCACCAGCAGAUCCCAAUGGAAGCCAGCAGCAGGCUGAGGAGGAAGUGACAUCCUCAAAAACAGACAAUGUGGAGGGCAAGAUAGAUGGUUCAGACACCUACAUCCAGCCUGUCACAAGGAAGUUCUUGGCUUCAGGGGAUUAUGUGGCCUUUCAGCCAUCCACACAGAGUGAGAACAGUCAGGUGAAACAUGGAGAGGAGAUGUCAAAUGAGGAUUCUAACGUCUAUGAGAAUGUGCCAGCUGCCAAGUCAGGAUGCAGGAACUCCGAGCAGGAGUCUGGCAAUCAGCUCCCUCCUGAUGAAGUAAGACCCGGCUGCCCAACUGGAAAGCCAUGUGGAGUGGUCUAUCCUGCUGGAACUUUAGCCACUGCAGAGUCUAGUAAAGACCCUUGA